AUGCAUCCGCAUUAUGGAUUUGUAGGUUCAACAUAUGUUGGAAAUAAUGUUGGAAUAAAACAAGUUCAACAAAUCUAUGGAAAUUCAAUUCAUCAUCAACAAGUACCUUUUUAUUCUCAACAUUCAAAUUAUUCAUCAAUUCAUUCACAUCAACAAAGAAAUCAACAUUAUCCUCCCUAUCAACAACAACAACAACAACAAGCACAAGCCCAAGCCCAACAACAACAACAACAAAUAAAUAAUGUUGAAUGUAAGUUGUCUAUUCUAUCCUUUAAGGAAAGAGAAAAAAUGUUUGAAAAUUCUUCAUCAUCAUCAACAACAGGAACAUAUCCAACAUCAACAUUAAAAUGUUUAUUAGAAAAUACUGAAUUGGCUGAUCUUUUAUUUAAUAAUUUUCCUAUUUUAGACGAUGAUAAUCAUUUAAAAUCGGAUAAACAACUUUUAUCAAAUGAAUUAGCUUCAAAAGUUGCAUGGAAUUCUUCAGCAUUUCUUGGUCCAAAUUUAUGGGAUAAAGAUCAAUUAUACAGUGCAAAUGGUAAUGGAAAUGGAAAUGGAAAUAAUAAUGGAACAACAUCAACAUCAACAUUACAUAAUGAAAAAACAACAAAUGGAAAUUUUAAAGUUGAAAAUAUUGAUAUUGAUGAAUUUCUUUGUGAAAAUAAUUUAAAUUUAAAUGAUAUUGAAUCAUUUUCAAAUCAUUUUGAACAUGUUGAACAAACAACAUCAAAUUCACCAAAUCAAAAUCAAGAUACACUUAUUCUUCAUUCACCUAUGCAAGCAGCACCAGCUAAAUCACCUGCUGAUGAUUCUAUUAGUCGUCAAUCAUCAAGUUCAUCACGAAAAUAUUCUCAAGAUGAAGUUUCAUCAAAAAAUGGACAUAUAAAACAAUCGAAAAAAUCUCGAAAGGCUCAACAUCAAUCUAAACAGUUUGUUCCAGAUGAAUUAAAAGAUGAAAAAUAUUGGGCGCGACGAAGAAAAAAUAAUUUAGCUGCAAAACGAUCGAGAGAUGCACGACGAAUGAAAGAAAAUCAAAUUGCAUUAAGAGCUGAUUUUUUAGAAAGAGAAAGUGAUUUAUUAAAGAAACAACUUGAAGAUUUAAAAAGAGAAAAUCAAAAACUUAAAAUGAAAUUAAUUCAAUAUGAAUCUUCAAUUAAACAGUGA